GGAAGCCCGGCCGCGUCUACUCAGACCGUGGCAGUUGGUAAAGACGGUCUCGUGUUCACACCCGACACCAUCCAUGCAAACAAGGGCGAUGAAAUCGUCUUCGAGUUCUACCCAAAGAACCACGCAGUCGUUCAGGCCGACUUCAACAACCCCUGCAACCCCAGCGCGAGUGGACUUGGUAUCUUCUCGGGCUUCGUUCCUAGCGCAGCUGGCCGCGCUAACAAAACCUUCACCGUCACGAUCGAAGACGACAAAAAGCCUAUCUGGCUCUACUGCCCGCAGAACAACCCGAAAUCACACUGCGCACAAGGCAUGGUCGCUGUGAUCAACCCACCGCAGUACUCUCACAACACUCUCAAUGCAUUCAAGCUCGCU